AGUUGCGUAUAUGCAUUUUGCAGCACUGGCUAUAAUUAGCUAGGCCAUCCAUUGAAAAUUAAACAAAAACAUGGAAAAUGUAACGAGCUUAGAGCUUUUCGUGUAAUACAGGUAAACAGUGAUUGCUUCUAAAUGGAUAUCGCCAGCAUUGAGCUGAGUGUGGAGGCGCUGAUUGGGUCGCUUGUAGCGCUGAGUGUGCUCUUCUUUUUUUGUCGCAGCAUUCUAGCGGAAGACGUUGUCAUUUGCAUAUCGGGCAAAACACGUCACAGCUGGAAAUCAAUAAAAAUAAUUGAACAGGCCUGCUUUUGUAAUGUGUGUGAGAUAUUGUUGACGCCAUCUGCGGGCCUCUUCUGCGACUGUUGCGGUCUUUGCACGCACUCGGAGCCGACAUGUCAGCGGCAGGCGGACGCUCGUUUUCGCUGCAAGGACAAAUGGCUGCGAAACGUGAAUACAGUGCGUCAUUUGUGGGUGCGUGGAAAUUUGCCAAUGAGCUACAUCUGCGCCGAGUGCGGCCAGGAGGCAGAAGUGGAUCAUCAUAGUAGCAGCUCUGGUCCAGGUCUCUAUGGCUGGAGAUGUGCCUGGUGUCAACGCUGUUAUCACGACAACUGUUACAAGAACGUGGAUACUAAGGCCGAAUGUGAUUUCGGCGAGUUUCGGGACAUGAUAUAUCCGCCGUACAGUAUUGUAGCAGCCAGGACACGCGAAUCUGUGCGUUUGCAUCUCGCUGGCAUCAAGCCGCCUGAUGUUGAGAACUGGGAGCCGUUGAUAGUAAUCGCCAAUACAAAAUCUGGAAGUAGCACGGGCUCAAAUGUCUUGUCGUUGCUGCGUGGCUAUUUGCAUCCAAUGCAGGUCAUGGAACUGGGCACACGAGGUCCACAGGAUGCGCUGCAGUGGGCGGCCAAAACAAGUCCACGCCCUUGUCGCAUACUGGUCGCGGGUGGCGAUGGAACGAUUGGCUGGGUGCUCAACACCAUCUAUACGCUGAACAUAAAGCCACAACCGUCAGUGGCAAUUAUUCCACUGGGCACUGGCAACGAUUUGUCACGCGUGCUAGGCUGGGGCGCUGAACCGCCCUCUGUUAUUGAUCCGCUGCAGAUACUGCGUAGCGUUAGACGCGCCAGAUCUGUAAAUCUUGAUCGAUAUGAUCUGCAAAUUGAGAAGCUGCACUAUCGCCUACCUAUACAAAGACAUCCCACAAAGACCAUACACGUCUAUAACUAUUUUAGUGUGGGCGUGGAUGCGUACAUUACGUACAACUUCCACAAAACACGAGAAUCUCGAUUCUAUCUGCUCAGCAGUCGCAUUUUCAACAAGUUGCUGUACUUCACGUUUGGUACACAGCAGGUCAUGCAGCCGGAUUGCGAACGCAUUGAACAGAAACUAGAACUUCAUCUAGAUAAUAGGCUAGUCGAACUGCCGGAAUUGCAAUCUCUGGUAUUUCUUAACAUUGAUUCCUGGGGCGCUGGCUGCAAACUUUGCGAGCUGAGCAAUUCUAAUGGCGACGUGCGAAUUGUAAACUCCAUAUCUGAUGGCAUGAUGGAAGUGUUUGGCAUAGUCUCAUCCUUUCAUAUUGCCCAGCUGCAGUGCAACAUAAGCAAGCCCGUGCGCAUCGGCCAGGCCAAGCAGAUACGGCUGCGAGUGAAUGGCACGGUGCCCAUGCAGGCGGAUGGUGAGCCCUGGAUGCAGCCGCCGGCGGAAAUACGCUUGCAGGCACGCAGUCAAGCUCGCGUGCUAAAGGCAGAGACACCAACUCCCACCCAGUUGCAGUAGCAACUAUUCUAAACUAUAAAAUGACCCUGUGCCACAUGGAUGAUGUAAACUUGUACUUAACUUAAAUCUCUUUCCCAUUCAAGCUAACCAUAGCUACUUGUUUAAGUGAAACUAUAAACCACCCGAUCUACACAAAUAUACCAAACAUAAGAUGUUAAUCCAGAUACUAUCUGGGAUUAUUAAAUAAGUAAAAUGUUUUAGAUAUUGACUUUUUAAA